AUUGUUAGCCACUUUUUCUGUUAUUAUUAUUUACGAAAAAAGUUAUAAAAUAGUGAUUUUAUAGCAAUGAUCAAUAUUUUUGAUAAUAAAUAUUUAGUGGUGCUGUUUUAUUAGUUAAUGAGAACCAUGCGCGUACCAGUCACAAUAAAUCAUUCAAAUGUAGUGGACUCACUAUUGAAUUUUUACGAGUAUUAGAGAAAUAUUUCUUCAUUCUGUCAGUGUCAAUAAAUAAAUUUUAAUUAAAUUAUCGGAUCAAAAAAAUUAACAUGGAAGAAUCGGGAAUAGAUAUGGGUUUUGAUCUAGCUUCACUCACUAGUAAUGAAGAUGUAAAUGGUGAUUAUAAUGAUUAUGAUCAAGUCCUGUCAAUGCUCUGUGAUUCUCAAGAAUUCGUUUAUUAUGAAAUCAAAAGUCGUGCGCCAAACACAUGCAGAUGUUACAGCUCCAGCUAAAGCUAGCCAACGAGUUGGUGCUAAUUGGACAAGCUUUGAAGGCUUCUUUCCAGCAUUCAUCUUUGCAUAUAAAUCAUGCCCGCCGACAUUCAAAACUGCGAUACCGACUUCAAGGACACAUUUAAAACUUCAAUUAAUGCGCGAACAAUUGCAAGAGCAAGAAAGAAGGGAAGCUGAACUUCGGCAAAGCUUACAACAACAGAGGCCAGUAGCAGCCACUCCAAAGCCUGUUCCUGGUGCUCAGUUAACAACCAUAGGUGUUGAUGUUCCUCCGCAAGUUCUUCAAGUGCGUACACUAUUAGAAAAUCCAACUCGUUACCAUGUGGUACAAAAGCAGAAAAAUCAAGUACGACAAUAUCUUCAUGACUCAUUUUGGUCUACUGAUAACGACUCCGCACAGAAGAUUGUAGAUUCUGGUAGAGGUUCUGAGGGUGGAAAUGUCACCAGUAUUACAUCGGACAACAUAGGAAUGUCUCAAGGACCAAUGACAGUUCAAAGUGCUCCAUCGGGACCAACGCAUCAUCAACUGAAGCUACAGCAUCCCAAUCUUGCAUCUUACCCUCAUACAUCGUCAUUCCUUUCUCAGGUAUCUGGUGUCUCAGCUAGCCCUGACCUAAGUGGUGGUACUAUGUCACCAGGACUUUCGAGUAUUGCUACCAGUAAUUCAGAGGCAGAAGAUCUCUUAGAUGACAUCUUAUCAUUUGAAAAUGGUUCACUGAAAGAUAGUCAAACCGGCAGUCACACAACUAGUUUACCAGAUUUGCAAAUAAAACCAGAACCAUUGUUACUCACCGACGCAGAGAUUCAUGCUCUUGCAAAAGAUCGUCAAAAAAAGGAUAAUCAUAAUAUGAUUGAAAGGAGACGAAGAUUUAAUAUCAAUGAUAGGAUCAAAGAACUUGGUACGCUAUUGCCAAAAACUAAUGAUCCAUAUUACGAAAUUGUGCGGGAUGUAAGGCCGAAUAAAGGAACGAUAUUAAAAUCUUCAGUAGAAUACAUUAAGCUUUUGAAAAAUGAGCUCACUCGACUAAAACAAUGUGAAAUCAGGCAUAAGCAAUUAGAACACCAAAACCGCCGACUUCAACUACGUGUUCAGGAACUAGAGCUUCAAGCAAAAGCUCAUGGCCUUCCUGUCACAGAUUUUCAUUGGGCUACUACUUCUGCGGGCGCUGUUAAUUCUUUUUGCAGAAGUAAAAAUAAUAAAAAAAAAAUGCCAGAUGUCAUGACCGAAGACACAUCUGUACUGACGUCUGUGAGCUUAGAACAAUUUGGAGAUCUGAUGGAAGACGACGGAGGAGGUCCUGUCCACGGAGGUGAUCCGAUGCUGUCAUCACCACACUUGCCACCUCUAAGCCCACCUGAAUCCGCAUGUCAUACUCUACCGGAUGAAGACACUCUUGGUAGCCUGGCACCUACAUCAUCAAAUUCAUCAACUGAAAUGGAUAUAGUGGCAUAGCUGGUUGCGGCGCUUACUCAUCAUGUAUCUUGAAAGACUCAUCCUUAUUACAAAUUAAUUUCUUAUACAUAAUAUAGUCAAUUGUUAUGCUAUUGUAAAUAAUUGUUAUAAUCAUUCAAUUAAAAAAAUUUAAGAGUAAUAGGGUAGUUUAUCGAAAACUUUACUGCCUGUCAAUUUUGCAGUAUAUUCGAACAGUCAGCUAUUUCAGUUGAAUAAAUAUAAAAUGUAUGGAUGUGCUGAUGUUUUUAAAUUAACUUCUGUAGGCAUAAAAUUUUAAUAUUUUGCAAUGUUAAGAUUGGCAUUGUUACAUUUCUACUGAAAUAUUCGUAUCAAAUAAGACUCUAAAAUUACUAUUUUGACUUAUCCAUCUAGAAAAUAUUGUUGUCUAUAACAGUUAUGUGUUACAUUUAUAUUCAUCGUUGAUUGUCAAAGAACAUAUUUUUAAUAGUAUUCUGUAUUUUUUCAUCUGCUACUAUUUGGAUGAAAUAAUUUAUCUGUAAAUAUUAUUGUUAUUCUAUCCAUAACGGAAAUUUUAACAACAAACAUAAAUAUCGGUAGAAAAAUUGCUGAUUUAAAUAACUAUGCACAAGAAGGUUGUUGAAUAAAGAAUCAAAAAAUGAAUUUAUUUUGAAAAAUGUAAUUUUUCUAAUGAAGUGUUAUGAAAAAACGUUUCGAGUAGAAACCGUUUAAGUGCCUUAAGAGUUAUUGCCGUAUUUAAACUUUUUAUGUUGAUCAUAGUUAAUAUUAUUGUACAAUCAUAUAUAUUUAUGAGAAUAUAUUGUAAAUCAUCCCGUGAAAAAAUUUUCUGAUAUGGCCUGAUGUGGGUUGAUGUGAUCAUAUAUGGCCACGUCAGGCAUUAUAU